AUGUCUGGGCUCGGUGGUGAUAGUACUGAGAACCGUUCCAGAAACCCCGACGCCGCCACCCUCCUCUCUAGGAUUGACAGUCUCGAAGCCGAGCUUAAAGUCAUAACCACCUUCAACCACCACCUCAUCGCCACCCUCGCCCGACUUCAAGCCGAGCAGGCAACCCCCACUCCUGCCACCACCACCACCAUCACUACCACCACCACACCUACCACCCCUAGCGCCAUCACUGCCCCCCUCCCAUGCUCGCAUCCGAACCACGCAUGCACAAUCGCCUCCGGGAGUGGUGCCGCCUCGCCUGAAAUCUUCCAGGAAAUCAUCAAGACCAACUGGCAUGGCCGUCUCGGCCGUACCCAUAUGGUGGACGUUGAUGCCCUACCUGCCACAGCACUCAGCGAGCUUGACUGCCUCCUGCGGCGGAAGCUCCACGCAAGUUACCCCCGCGCCCGCGAUAGAUUGACGCCUGACGUUGACACCAUCUUUGCGAGUCUUGCGGCGCUUGGUCUGCGGCUGGAGGAUAGAGGUGCGUAUGCGGAUCUGCCUGCGAUACAUGAUCUUGGUACGUUGCGUAAUACCCCCACGAUCAAGAGGGUGAUAAACUCUGCGUCGUGGUGGACUACCCAUGAGAAGUAUGCGGACUACUGGCAGGGGUUGGUGUUGGAGACGCUGGUGGAGCUGGCGAGGUAUCGGGGGCUGUUUGAUGAUGAGGGAUAUCUGAAGGAGUAG